GGGUGUACUGUCUAAUAAACUCUAAAAAUUGCCCCGUAAAAGAACAAAGCAUCAUCGUACGUUGCUUUUUACGGAAUAUUCCAUACUCCUUAAUCAGCAAUUAUUAGUGCUUCAAGCCUCACUUAAUCUCCGUCAUACCACGGUGGUAUCUCUCAUUUCAUGGCUCUCCGUACACCCGGUGGUUGUCACCUCCUGCCACCCCGAAUUAGGGUUUCUCCUGCCACUCUCUCCCCUCCCCCUGCUCAAUUACCCCUCUUUCACAAGCCAAAUUCCAACAAUCUCAAAUUGUCGAACCCAAUCAUCGCAACUCCUCGUGCUUCAAUGGCGAAUGACAAUAGCUCUCCUGCUUUUUCCGCCUCCCAAAGUACCGUAGCUCGAAUCGGGGAGGUGAAGAGAGUAACUAAAGAGACAAAUGUGUCUGUGAAGAUAAACUUGGAUGGUAAGGGGAUUACAGAUAGCAGCACUUCAGUCCCUUUCCUAGAUCAUAUGUUGGAUCAAUUAGCAUCACAUGGGCUAUUUGAUGUACAUGUGAGAGCUACCGGUGAUAUUCAUAUCGAUGAUCAUCACACUAAUGAAGAUGUUGCACUCGCCCUUGGAACGGCUUUGCUGCAAGCUCUUGGUGAUAGAAAGGGAAUCAAUAGAUUCGGUGACUUCUCUGCUUCUCUGGAUGAAGCUCUGAUUCAUGUCUCACUGGAUUUAUCUGGAAGGCCCCACUUGAGCUGUGAUCUACAUAUACCUACUGAGAGAGUUGGAUCAUAUGAUACCCAGCUCGUGGAGCACUUUUUCCAGUCAUUGGUGAAUACUUCUGGUAUGACGCUUCACAUCCGCCAGCUUGCUGGUAAAAAUUCUCACCACAUUAUCGAAGCAACUUUCAAGGCUUUUGCCAGGGCUCUCAGGCAGGCUACAGAAUAUGACCAUCGUCGUGCAGGGACAGUGCCAAGUUCAAAGGGGGUCCUAUCACGAGCUUGAUGGCAAGUUCAUCCUAGGAAGUGCGCCAAAAUUCCAGUGCUUCUACGUCGACAUGAUGCCUCAACUUUCUAAGUAUUCUGUCAAAGUGUUGGCAGCAGCAAGCCUGAAUAUUUUUUGGUGGUUCAGAGACUUCAGACAGAUCAUUAUUCGCUUGAGUUUAAAGGUAGCCGCUAAGGAUGCUACAUAUGGUUAAUCAUGGUUGUUGAAAUGCAACGGUUAUAAUCAAGAAUCAUUUUAAGAGAAUACUCUAGCGGAUUAUAUUCAUAUGACCUCGGCAACUUCCUUUUAAAACACAGUACAUUGUUGUAGUGUUGUAUGCGCGUGGGUUUUAUACUUGAAAUCAUUAACAUGUCUGUAGAACAGCAUCUGAUUAUUCUGCCCCGAGAUUGGUAUUCAUGUGUAUUUGAUGUAUGCAGCAAGCUGAGACCUUCUAAAAUUUUCUAUGUUUUGAUAUACAAUUUGUACCAUAGCCAUUACAAAAACGGCUUUUAAGAUUCUAAUAACAGUUUGAUGUACGGAGUAUCCAAAGCUUCA